GACGUCGUCACGCUGGUGACCGCCGCGAGCCUGAGCUCGAGACGCAGCCGUUAUGUCCGGGAAGGAGGAAAGUGAUAUGGCCGUGAAGAGCAUGUUUGAGCGUGGUCCAAAGAAGAGACAAGUGAAGACGCUAGCAACAUCUCUCUUGGAAGCCCUAGAUUAUGACAGCUCAGAUGACAGUGAUUUUGAAGUCGGAGAUGCUUCAGAUUCUGAUGGGAGUGGAGAGAGUGCUGGUAAGGAUAGUGAAGAAGCCUCAGAGAGUGAAGGUGGACAAAAUGGCAGUGAAGAGGACUCUGAACAGGAGAAAAAGGAUUCUUCUGAUGGCAAAGUAGAAGUUGAGUGCAAGAACAGUCAGCCAGAAGAACCUGAUUCUGACAUCAAAGAACAAACUGAAAACAAAGCUAGUAAGAAGAAAACUAAGGAAACAGUGGACGAUGCUGGGCCAGAUGAAUCAAAUGAUGGACAAAAAAAAUGGAAUUUGCGUAAAAAGAGAACAAUGUUGGAUAUGAUAUCCGUGGAAGAGUUGAAUGGUUUUGAUGAUUAUGAUAGUGAAGAUGAUAAUGACUGGCGACCUUGUAGUGGGAAGAAGAAAGGCAAAGGCGUAAAUAAUGAUGAUGGUGAUGAGGGUGGUGGUGAAGAUGAUGAUAUCAGUGACAGUGAAGAUGGCAAUCCUGAUGAUGAGGAAGACACCAGCAGUGCAAGUGAAGACGAUAAAAGAUUUCGAAGAAAAAAUAGACCUUCUAGUCAAAAAACUGUCAAAACUGAAGGAACAAGUGAUGGCUUUUUGACACAGAAUAAGAAUUAUGAGGGCUCCUUAUUAAUAGACAAAGAACAAAACUUCACUUCUCAGAAAAUGGACUUUGUGCAGAUUUGCUGUGUAUGUCUGGGAGAUAACAGUGAAGAUGCAGAUGAAAUUGUCCAGUGUGACAAUUGUGGAGUGACUGUACAUGAAGGAUGCUAUGGUGUCGAUGGUGAAAGUGAUUCCAUUAUGAGUUCUGCCUCUGAAAACUCAACAGAACCUUGGUUCUGUGAUGCAUGUAAAUGUGGAGCUACACCCAGUUGUGAGUUGUGUCCCAAUGUGGAUGGAAUUUUUAAAGAGACAGAUGCUGGAAGGUGGGUUCAUGUUGUUUGUGCCCUUUACGUUCCUGGUGUGGCAUUUGGAGAUAUCGACAAGCUUCGGCCUGUUACUCUUACAGAAAUGAACUAUUCAAAAUAUGGUGCGAAGGAGUGUAGUUUAUGUGAAGACAUGCGAUUUGCUCGAACUGGAGUGUGUGUAAGCUGUGAUGCUGGUAUGUGCAGAGCGUAUUUCCAUGUCACUUGUGCUCAAAGAGAAGGGCUACUUUCCGAAGCAGCUGCUGAAGAGGAUAUAGCUGAUCCAUUUUUUGCAUAUUGCAAACAACAUGCUGACAAGUUUGACAGGAAAUGGAAACGAAAGAACUAUUUAGCUUUGCAGUCAUACUGUAAAAUGACUUUACAAGAGCGAGACAAGCACGUUACCCCAGAAGCACAGGCGCGUAUUACUACAAGACUGCAGCAAUAUCGUGCUAAAGUGGAGUUAGCUCGCAGCACUAAACCCAACGCUUGGGUUCCCAGGGAGAAGCUGCCACGGCCACUCACCAGCAGUGCCUCAGUGAUACGGAAGCUUAUGCGGAAAGCUGAAUUGAUGGGAAUUAGCACAGACAUUUUCCCUGUAGACACGCUGGAUACCAACUCCAGUGUAGAUGGCAGGAGAAAGCACAAACAACCAGCGUUGACUGCUGACUUUGUGAAUUAUUAUCUUGAGAGGAACAUGCGCAUGAUGCAAAUACAGGAAAACAUUUGUGAACAAAAGAACUUAAAAGAUAAACUUCAAAAUGAACAGGAAUCACUUCAUGUAGAAUACAAUAAGUUGUUUGAAUCUCUAGAAAACCUGAGGAAUAUGAACGGAAAACUGCGUCGAGAAGGUCAAACACUAUGGAGUACACUCAGCAACAUUGUUGGACAGAAAUUGAAUUUCCCUGUGAUCUUACGUACACCCAAGGAACGACGACCAAGUAAGAAAGAUGGGGGAGCAUUGAAAUCAGUAACACCUCCAGCUGUACUGUACAGCUGUGGGAUUUGUAAGAAGAAUCAUGACCAGCACCUCCUUGUUCUGUGUGACACUUGCAAACUCUAUUACCAUCUUGGAUGCUUGGAUCCACCCCUCACUAGGAUGCCCAAGAAGACCAAAAACAGUUACUGGCAGUGCUCAGAAUGUGACCAAGCAGGUAGUAGUGACUUGGAAGCAGACAUCACCAUGGAAACUUUACCAGAUGGGACCAAGAGAUCAAGGAGGCAGAUUAAGGAGCCUGUGAAAUUCACUCCUUUGGAUAUUGUGAUUGAACCAAAAAAGAUAAUGAACAAAACAAUGAGGAGUAGAGGUCAGAAACGAAAAAGGGGAACCAGCUCAGAUGGAGAAAAAACUGAGGAACCAAUUCCUCCUCGAGCCAGAAGACGACGGCAGACCUCACUACUGAAAAGACCAAAAUCAGAAGAUUUGAGAACAGAAUGUGCUACGUGCAAAAGCCCUGGAGAUAACGAAAAUUUAGUCAGAUCUCUUUGUCGACCUGCAGAUGGCACCACAGCAUGAUGUGACUCCCAUGGAUGGUGAUUGUCUUCAUUGUCUGAUGUCUUAUCGAAACCACCCCUACCCUCACCAUCCUGAUAUUGUCCAUUUGCAAGCUUCCAAACUUCUGAAAACCAUCCAUGAUCAGAAAAAAAACUCGUUGCAAAAUGUAUUCCAGAGGGACCUAACAGCAGCUAGAAGCAUUGGCCUUUACUGAUAUUGAGCAGUCAGAACUUAAACAGUCCAAUGAAGUGCCUCUUAACCUCCAAUCUGUUUCGCUGGUGAGUUUUCAGAGCCAUUGUAAACCUGUGUUGGAGCUGUCAACUUCACAUCCUUGUUGAAGCCAUUUAGAAGUUGUCUGAUUGUCCUGUGCUAGUGAUUAAAAUGCCUAAUAUAAUGAUUGGUCCACCUUUUGAUAUGUAGAUUAUAUUCACACAACUAAUGUGUUUAUGCUAGAUUUGGAAAUUGUCAUGGAGGCAGGUUAAAAUUGGGUUUUGGUAGUUUAUAUUGGGGUUAAAGUUCCUCUGAAAGGAAAUUUUAAAUGACACAAUAGAAGAACAAGAUGAGGAGAGUAACCAUUCAUACUGGCAUGAUUUUCACACUGAAAUGGUAAUAUUGUUCGAGUAAAGAAUUGGGAGAAAAGCAGACAGCCAAUCAAAGAAAUCAUGUGUAUCCUGUUUAUUGGAACUAAGAAGUGUUUUUUUUUAAAUUCCUGUGAUUCGUGGAUCUUCAAAACCUGUCGAAUUAUGCAGUUGUGAAUAACUUGUUCAUAGUUCAUUUUAAUAUUUUAGUGGUAUCCUUUUCGUUCUGGGAAGACUAAAAUGGUAAAGUUAUGAUAAUUCUAAUACUGGGCUUUCAAGAUUUAGGAUAUCUAAAGAAAUUGCAGUUCAAAAGACAAGCACAUAAAAUAAGAAUACAAGAGAGAUUCACAAAAUAGUAGGUGAGGGGUUAGUUAACUGAAGAGUUGAAGACACUUAACAAUGUUUGGUUAGAAAUUAGGUUUGAUUGAGAAAUAAGUAUAUCUAAGUAGAAACAUCAUUUUUUAAAAAAAAAUUAAUGUCAGAGUUGACACUAUCAUAGCUAGCACAAAAGCUAGAAAGAUCCACUUUGAAGUUGCACCUCGAUGGAGACAACCUACAUACUAUUGAUUAAAGACAAGCUUCUAAAAGUAAAAAACAAUAAUGAAGACUAAAAAGAGUUAGAAUAAAGCAUGGCACCCCCGGCAUGAAAAUGUGUUAAUUACAGGAGGAAUAUUAGAACCAUCCAACUGCUAAGAGGUGACAAUGAUCCUUAUCACAUGAAUACUGUUAGAAACCAGGAUAAGGCACAACUCAUAAAGACAACAAAAUGAAUUUAAACUCAUAAACGUUUAACGAAGGAUUAUUUUAAGAUUGAAAGAAUAAGGGAGAGAUGAAAGGAAUAUUCAGAUGAGUAUAAAAUCUCAAACAAAUAUACUAAGUAAUAGCUUAACAUUUCAUUAAGAAAUCUUCAUUGAAAAUGGAAAAUACCUAUACAGAGAGAUAACUUUGCAAAGCAGGAAGAAUCUCAGUAUGAAAAUAAGCUCUUGCAUUGAAAUUUCAGAAGUAUUGGGAAGCCUCAGAUAAUAUUUCUCUGAAGUUUUUUUUUCUGAACAGGAAGUAAUUUUACUUGCCCAGGGCUUUUGGGUAAAAUUUUACUUUAAAUGGUGAUGGAUAUUCUUAACUAUUUUUAGAUGUUCUAGUAUUAAAAAUUCAUAGAUGUUCCUAAUUAGUAACUAAUAAUAUCAU